AGGCGCCCUCCUGGCAAAGUGGUCACUUGGUUCAGGCCCUGGAGGCAGGAGCGCACCUGAGUCAGCCCACUUCCGGGGAGGGAGGGCCGCAAGGCCCGCCCCCGCCGCCCACCCCCAAGCCCUGCCCCGGGGCUCCCACCCUUGUGUACCUGGGCGGUUCCAUUCCCGGGAGUGAGCAGGGGGGUAGAGUGACCCAGAGAGCCACCGCGUACCGGGUCAGUUGUCUCCGGGAAGCCGAAGGCAUGAGCUUCGUCCAAGUUCUUUUUGUAGGUUAGAACUCCUCCAGCGCGAGGAAAAUGGACUUGGAAUAGGGGCCGGGCGCAGAUCGCACCCUUCUCGGCCUUGGUGCUCGCCCGCGCCCCCUACUCUCCGGAUACUUGGGAGGGGACGCGCGGGCACCGUCGCUGCUAGACGGCCGCGAUGGCGCCGGCGGCCAGCGCGUGUGCUGGGGCGCCUGGCUCCCACCCGGCCACCGUGAUCUUCGUGUGUCUCUUCCUCAUCAUUUACUGCCCAGACUCUGCCAGUGCCAUCCAGGUGACUGUGCCUGACCCCUUCCAUGUAGUGAUCCUGUUCCAGCCAGUGACACUGCCCUGCACCUAUCAGAUGAGCAACACCCUCACAGUCCCCAUCGUGAUCUGGAAGUACAAGUCAUUCUGCCGGGACCGUGUCGCUGAUGCCUUCUCCCCUGCCAGUGUGGACAACCAGCUAAAUGCCCAGCUGGCAGCUGGCAACCCCGGCUACAACCCCUAUGUGGAGUGCCAGGACAGUGUACGCACUGUCAGGGUGGUGGCCACCAAGCAGGGCAACGCUGUGACCCUGGGAGACUACUACCAGGGAAGGAGGAUCACCAUCACAGGAAAUGCUGACCUGACCUUCGAGCAGACGGCCUGGGGAGACAGUGGAGUGUAUUACUGCUCCGUGGUCUCAGCCCAAGAUCUGGAUGGGAACAAUGAGGCAUACGCAGAGCUCAUUGUCCUUGGCAGGACCUCAGAGGCCCCUGAGCUCCUACCUGGUUUUCGGGCGGGGCCCUUGGAAGAUUGGCUCUUUGUGGUCGUGGUCUGCCUGGCGAGUCUUCUCCUCUUCCUCCUCCUGGGCAUCUGCUGGUGCCAGUGCUGUCCCCACACCUGCUGCUGCUAUGUCAGAUGUCCCUGCUGCCCAGACAAGUGCUGUUGCCCUGAGGCCCUUUAUGCUGCCGGCAAAGCAGCCACCUCGGGAGUCCCCAGCAUCUAUGCCCCCAGCAUCUAUACGCACCUCUCUCCAGCCAAGACCCCCCCACCUCCGCCUGCCAUGAUUCCCAUGGGCCGUCCCUAUGGGUACCCUGGAGACUUUGACCAGAACAGCUCAGUUGGUGGCCACAGUUCCCAGGUACCUCUGCUGCGUGAAGUAGACGGCAGUGUAUCUUCAGAAGUACGAAGUGGCUACAGGAUCCAGGCUAACCAGCAAGAUGACUCCAUGAGAGUCCUGUACUACAUGGAGAAGGAGCUAGCCAACUUUGACCCUUCCCGGCCUGGCCUUCCCAAUGGCCGAGUGGAACGGGCUAUGAGUGAAGUAACCUCCCUCCAUGAAGAUGACUGGAGAUCUCGGCCUUCCAGGGCUCCUGCCCUCACCCCCAUCAGGGAUGAGGAGUGGGAUCGCCACUCCCCUCGGAGUCCCAGAACAUGGGAACAGGAACCCCUUCAAGAACAGCCAAGGGGUGGCUGGGGGUCCGGGCGGCCUCGGGCCCGCUCUGUGGAUGCCCUAGAUGACAUCAACCGGCCUGGCUCCACUGAAUCAGGACGGUCUUCUCCCCCAAGUAGUGGACGGAGAGGACGGGCCUAUGCUCCUCCCAGAAGUCGCAGCCGGGAUGACCUCUACGACCCCGACGAUCCUAGGGACUUGCCACAUUCCCGAGAUCCCCACUAUUAUGACGAUUUCAGGUCUAGGGAUCCACGUGCUGACCCCAGAUCCCGACAGCGAUCCCGCGAUCCUCGGGAUGCUGGCUUCAGGUCACGGGACCCUCAGUAUGAUGGGCGACUAUUAGAAGAGGCUUUAAAGAAAAAGGGAUCUGGAGAGAGAAGGCGAGCUUACAGGGAGGAGGAAGAGGAAGAGGAGGGCCACUAUCCCCCAGCACCUCCGCCUUACUCAGAGACUGACUCGCAGGCCUCGCGGGAGCGGAGGAUGAAAAAGAAUUUGGCCCUGAGUCGUGAAAGUUUAGUCGUCUGAUCCCACGUUUUGUAUGUAGCUUUUAUACUUUUUUUUAAUUGGAAUAUUGAUGAAACUCUUUACACCAAGUCUAAUAAAAUGCCUAAUCACAAGA